AUUCUGAGAAUAAAACACCAUUUAAAAAAAUAAAAACAAAUAUUUUUUAUUUCAGAAAACGCUGGUGGUAGUCCAUGGAGAGCAACAGCGCCGGAAACAACCACCCGCGGCUGCCGCCGGGGUUCAGGUUCCACCCCACCGACGAGGAGCUGGUGGUUCACUACCUCAAGAAAAGAGCCGCCUCCGCCCCUCUCCCCGUCGCCAUCAUAGCUGAGCUCGAUCUCUACAAAUAUGACCCCUGGGAACUUCCAAGUAAGGCAAGUUUCGGCGAGCAGGAAUGGUAUUUCUUCAGCCGGAGAGAGCGCAAGUACCCUAACGGAGAAAGGCCGAAUCGUGCCGCCACGUCGGGAUAUUGGAAAGCUACCGGCACCGAUAAACCGAUACUAACGGCCAACGGAGCCCAGACCGUCGGCGUGAAGAAAGCCCUCGUCUUUUACGGCGGAAAGCCACCAAAGGGCAUCAAAAGUAACUGGAUCAUGCAUGAAUACCGUCUCGUGGACGGCAAUUCCGCCGCCAAAAAAACCCCUGGAAUUGCUUUCAUCGGCAACAAAACCUCCUCUCGGCUUGAUGACUGGGUUCUAUGCCGGAUUUUCAAGAAAAGCAAUUCCGGUACUACUCGGCCGGUGGAAGAAUCCAUGCAAUCUUCUCCCAUAAACAACGGGUAUCACAAUUCCAUUCCUGCAGCGAUGCUAUCCGGGAAUGGAUUUGCGAUUCCCGGCAAUCCGUUGAGAUCGGAUAGUUUUCCGGAGGAUGUUUCACUGUCAUCCCAAUACUGGAACGGAAUGGUGAUUCAACCGGUCGCCGGAAAUAACGGAAAACCUUUUCCGACCAGUAAUAAUGAUGAAGAUGAUAACAUGAACCCUAGCAGCUGCAGCCAAAUUAGCGACGAAGAUCAACAUGGGAAUCUAUCUUUUAUUUCGUUGCUGAAUAAUUACCAACAAUUUUCACAAACUUUCCAACAGAAUUCAUCGCUUGUUCAUUCCCAAGGUGAAGGGAAUGGAAUCUUGGAUCAAUCAUGCCAGCUCCCCACUUCGUACUUCUAAUUAUUAUUAUUAUUAUUUUUAUUAUUAAUUAAUUAUAUAGCUAAAUUCGAUAUUCUAUUAAAUAAUUA